GCCUGCAUUUUAAACAUGCAAUGCAUGGGGAAAAAUAAAGGAGGUAAAAACAAACAAAAUCCAAUUUUCCGAGUUGCGGGUGGUAAAGCGGCGAAAGCUAAAGCAAAAUUUAAAGCUCAACCUGUUAACACAAAUUUGAAAAAGCUGAAUGCGAACAUGCGAAAAAAAAUUGAGAACCUGGACAGUAGUUUGGGCGAAGUUCGAGAAAAUCUAACAGCUCUUCCAAAAAAAAAGGAAAUCAUUGUUAACGAAGCCAUGCCACUUCCUCCUGCCGAUAUCAACAAGGCUAUCGACAGCAUUGCUAGCUUAUGAAACUAUAAUAUGAUGGAAUACUUCUAACCUUGUUUCUCAAAUGCGACGAUCGUCAAUACAAGUUUUCGAUGACCAAUAA